AAUACAGGAACUGUCUUCAUUGUACCAACAUGGCUUGCCUGUACAGAGUUUAUUAUUUACGCAAGGAAGACGUUUGUGAGAUACGACAAUCAUCACAUGGAGCAGAAAACCAGACAGCUUCAGUGCCUGAAGUUAGAUCAGAAUUGAAAGUCAACCUGCGGAUGGUGCUGAUGGUCUUCUGUGUUCUCCUAGUGGCCACCCCCAUAUUCUUUUCUAUUUACUAUGGCAUAACAUCAAAUCGCAAGGAGCAAGAACUGGAAGAGUUAAGAAUUAUAAAUUACAACUUGACCAGUAACAACAGUGCUCUGUUGGCGGCUCAUGCUAUCAUGCAGUCCCAAUAUGAAAGAAACAACAGUUAUCAACAGGAAAGUCGAGAUACCCUGCAGUCUCAGUACGCAGCUCUGAAUAAAAAACAUGAAGAACUGGCCAAAGAGUUCAGUAAACUGCAGGAAUACUACUGUGAUGGUACAAACACAUCUCACGAAAACACUUGCCCGCUAUGUAAAGUGGGCUGGAUCCCCUUCGGUUCUAAGUGUUACUUCAUCUCCAUUACAACACUGACCUGGAAUGAGAGCCGUGAUUGGUGCCUGACAAAGGGUGGACAACUAGUGAAUGUAGAAAGCUUAGAGGAGUGGGAUAUUUUAGUAAAUCGAGCUAAUAUCACCGGAGGUAAAGAGAGACAUUAUUGGAUUGGCCAAUAUGAUAUCAUUAAAGAAGAGAAAACUACCAGGAUGGACAGCGAGCCUGUAAAAUCUAACAGAGCCAGUGAUGACAACAAAGGAAACUGUUUGGUGAUAUGGCUGGAUUCGAACCAGGAUUUUAGAGUACUGUGUGAAACUCUUAAUCGAUGGAUCUGUGAGACUGCUGCAUUUCCACUUCUUAUAUAAACUGCUAUCAAGAGUUCCAGCCACCUGCCAGAUCCGCUGUCUUCAGGAUUCGUAAGGAACACUUCAUCAGUAAAUCACAGAGCCGCUAGUCUGAGCAGAGUCCAGAAGGUCACCUCACUUUGUCAUGUAGGUGACAGAGGUAGUGAGUGACAACAUACUCGACAUACAGGACUGGGACGAAAUGAAAGCUGACAUCUUCUGGUAAUCUCAGUGUUAGUC